AUGGCUAUUGCUGCUGCGCUCCACCCGAGGGUUACCCCAUUCAAUGGUGUGAAUAACGACUACAGCCAUUCAAGCGAGGACGACGACGACGUGCGCGACUCCUCGAGUUCUAUUGAUCUUCUGCCCCUCGAGCGCGCCGUGUCUGAAGAUGCCCGUUCCCAGGACAGCCAUGGCUUCACCGGCUUGUUGAGGACCAACGUCAGAGGCAGGUACGGCGUUCAGCAAGCCCUUCGACCCUUUCUCUCGGGGAACGACAGAGGAGGACCAUGGGCACCCAUUCCCCAGAACGACUCGGGCUAUGCCUACGAGUCUGGCAUUGGCCCUGACCUCGGUCGGCCUGCCAUGUCAUCUGUGAGCAGUCUCCGUGAGAUGAUACUCGCCUCGUGGCUCAAUAGCCUGCUCGUCUUCGUGCCUGUCGGCCUUGCGAGUUACUUAUCUGGCAUGAGCCCCAUCUUGACAUUCAUCACCAACGUCAUCGCCAUUGUGCCCUUGUCGGCCCUAUUGACAGACGCGACGGAGAGAAUCGCCAAUGAUGCUGGCGACACUGUCGGUGCCCUACUUAAUAUUAGCCUCGGCAACCUCGUCGAGCUCAUCAUCUUCGUUGCACUGGUCAACAACCACAUCCGGAUCGUGCAAGCCUCCAUCCUUGGCUCCAUCAUCGUCAACCUGCUCCUGAUUCUCGGCUCUGCUUUGUUCGCCAGCACUUUCUCGAGGCACGAUGCCUCUGCACCCUCAACCUCCAACACGCAACUCCUCAGCUGCCUUCUGCUCGUCUCUGUUUUCGUAUUUCUGAUGCCUACCGCCUUUGACUACACCUUCGAAGGCUCCAAAGGAGCGGAUAAGGCCAUUCUCAAGAUGAGCCGCAUCUCUGCCAUCAUGGUGCUCGUGAUUUACGUAUUGUACUUCGUACAUGAGCUGCGUACCCGUCCAGUAGCCCACGACGCUAUCCCGGCUGAAGGCACUGGCACCCAGCGAAGCCACUGGGCUGUUCCUGAGCCUCAAAUUCCUUCGCGAAGCCGGGCUUACACCCUGCCCCCUCGAACCAUUCGUUUUGCCGACGAUGGCACGCCUACCGUGCCGCACUUUCCAGGGAAGCCCGCCGACCAGAUCGAAAUGGCCAACCUUGACAAGGUCGCUUCAAGUUCCAACGACAACGACAUUGAUCCCGUCAACUCGUUUCCCGGCCGUCCACUGUCUACUGAGCCUUCCAUCCGCUCACGCCGCCAUUCCAGGUCCAAUUCCGGGUCCGCGGCCACGUCCCGCGCCCCAAGUGCCCCGGGUUUCAUGCGCUCUGGCCCGACAACUCUUGAGCUCAUGCGCACAAGCAGUAACCAGGCUCAUGUCCAGCAUCGCCCUACCGGAAGCCGCUUCAUGUCCAUUGUGGUUCUGGUGGUCACAUCUGCUCUAAUGUCCAUGUGCGCCGAAUUCCUCGUCUCCACGAUAGACGCUGUUACCCAUCAGGGUCAUCUUUCCGAGCCAGUCAUUGGCUUAAUUAUCCUGCCCAUUGUUGGCAACAUUGCCGAGUACAUCACCGUCGUCACGGUCGCCGCGAAAGAUAAGCUCGACCUCGCCGUGGCCGUGGCCGUCGGCUCCUCGAUCCAGAUCGCGCUGUGCGUGACACCGCUCACCAUUAUCGCUGGCUGGAUUCUCAAUCGCCAGCUGGCUCUCACCUUUAACAUUUUCGAAAUGGCGACGCUCCUAGGAUCGGUUUUGAUUGUGAACAUGUUAAUUUUAAAUGACGGGGGAACGGCAGCGAAAACGAACGGGCUGAAGGGCGCAUUGAUGUGUGCCUGUUAUGCAAUCAUUGGGUGA